ACCAACAGAAAGUCAUGUAUUCCGAGAUGCCUCUGAUGAUUCUGGCCUGUUUUCUGGCAGUGGGGUCAGACGUGGCGAAUGGUCUGAGACUAACAGGGAAGGAGGGGGAAGAUAUCACAAUUACAUGUUCUCACUCAAAUGCUUACGGCAACACAAAGUAUUUCUGCAGAGGAGAAUGUGACUACAAAGAUAUCCUCAUAACCAGCGAAGGUCCAAACACAGCCAAGUAUCACAUAACUGACAGAGGGAAUGAUUUCGAUGUGACCAUUUAUAACCUGGAGGUGAAAGACUCAGGAUUGUACUGGUGUGGAAUAGACAGAGUUGGCGUGGACACGUAUACUAGAGUUGACCUCACCGUUGAAAAAGCUCCAGAGGUCACUGACACGUCAGGUCAAAGUAAAGACUCAACUCGACCCUCAGACACUGUGGUGUACAUCGGAGCAGGACUCGGGAUUUGCUUCACGAUUCUGGUUUUGGUCCUCCUUUUGCUCUUCCUCCUACGAAGAAGACGCUCUGCCGACCCAGAUGAGAAACCAGACGGUCGCUCGGCCAACUCCCCAGAUCCAGGAGUCAUUUACUCUGACGUCACUUUGAACAGAACAAGGUCACCUGGACCUAUGCCCACCAUUGUGCCACCAUCUGAAGCGGUCACCUAUUCUACCAUCAGAGGCGCUCACGCUGACUCAGUCUGACUUCCCUCUGUGUUGCAUGGACUUCCGCUGCCUCGUGCCUCAAGUGGCUGACUCCAGAUGUAGUAUGUGCAUAUAUACUUGUCGAACAAUAUUUCAGUGCAAAGGCUGGGCGA